AGAAUUUUUCAGUGACUUAGAACAGCACUCAAAUUUGAUAUAUUAAAAACUAAGGCACAAACAGAAACGAGGAAAAGAGACAGAAAUAAAAAGCUGACUAGAGGGCAUGACAAUGAACAUCAUCCCAAGUUUAAGUGUUGGAACCUGGGCACUGCUUGUUAUCUUCCUGACUCUCCUGUUUCUAUAUGGGACCUGGGCACAUAGUCUCUUUAAGGACCUGGGAAUUCCAGGACCAAGACCUCUUCCUUUCCUUGGAUCUGUUCUUUCUUAUCGCAAAGGUUGUGCAAAUUUUGACAUGACUUGUUUUAAAAAAUAUGGGAAAACCUGGGGGUUUUUUGAUGGCAGACAACCAGUACUGGCCAUCAUGGACCCAGAGACUAUCAAAUCAGUGCUGGUAAAAGAGUGCUAUUCCAUCUUCACCAAUCGUCGGAGUGUAGCUCCAGCAGGAAUUUUAAAGACUGCUCUCUCAAUUGCUGAAGAUGACCAUUGGAAGAGGAUUCGAACAGUCUUGUCUCCAACAUUUACAAGUGGAAAACUCAAAGAGAUGUUUCCCAUCAUAAACCAAUAUGGUGAUGUGUUGGUGAAGAACAUGUGGAAGGAAGCAGAGAAAAGCAAGCCUGUAACUCUGAAAGACAUUUUGGGGGCCUAUAGCAUGGAUGUGAUCACCAGCACUUCAUUUGGUGUCAAUGUUGAUUCCUUGAAUAACAAGAAUGAUCCUUUUAUCAGAGAAAUCAGAAAGUUAAUAAGUGCGUUUAGUGAUCGGGACCCUCUCAAAUUUACAAUAGAACUCUUUCCAUUCCUUGUUCCUUUGCUUAAAAAAUUGGAUGUAACUCUAUUUCCAAAAGAAUCCACAGAUUUCUUAGCACAAUCAGUUAAAAAAAUAAAGGAAGAACGAAAGAAAAAUUCACAGAAGUACCGGGUAGAUUUACUUCAGCUUAUGAUAGAUUCUCAGACUUCUAACAAUUCAGAGACCCACACUCAAAAAGAUCUGAGUGAUGAGGAAAUCCUGGCCCAAUCCAUUAUUUUCAUUCUUGGUGGCUUUGGAACCACCAGCUCAGUCCUUUCCUUCCUUUUAUACAACCUGGCCAUCUACCCUGAGAUCCAGCAGAAACUUCGGGAGGAGAUAGAGGCAGUUUUACCUAACAAGAAAACAGUCACAUAUGAUGCCAUUGGGCAGAUGGAGUAUCUAGACAUGGUGAUACACGAAAAUCUCAGGCUGUUUCCUAUAGCUCUCAGGAUUGAAAGGGUUGCUAAGAAAACUGUUGAGAUCAAUGGACUGACGAUUCCUAAAGGCACGGUGGUGAUGACCCCAUCUUUUGUCCUUCAUCGUGACCCAGAGUAUUGGCCAGAGCCAGAGGAGUUCCGCCCAGAAAGGUUCAGCAAGGAAAAGAGAGAGAACAUGAACCCCUAUGUGUACCUGCCCUUUGGUGCUGGUCCCCGGAACUGCAUUGGGAAGAGAUUUGCACUUAUGAAUAUAAAAGUUGCAAUUAGCCGACUCCUACAGGAAUUUUCUUUCAGAACUUGUAAAGAGACACAGAUUCCUCUGGAGCUGAGCAAGCGGCCCUUCAUUUCACCAUCUGAACCCAUUGUCCUGCAGGUUAUACCACUGACCAAGAAGGCAAACCAAGAGUAGAAAUUCUCUUUCUCAUUCUACUCUUCCCUAUAUACAAUCAUGCCCCAGAUUUCUCUUCUAUAAUCUAAAGACAUUGAAUCCUCAAGUUUCAAAAGUAACUUAGUUGACUUUACAAACUAAACAAAGAAAAAGAAAUUAGGGUUUUUUCUUAACCACAGGAUAAGACUAGAUUCUUCAAAUUGUCUUUUUGAAAUCUCCGUGUUUGAAGAUUAUAGUAUGAUGUCCAAUGCUGUCAAGGAUGACAUACAUUGAUCCAGCAGAUCGUCUUCCAAAAGAGUGACCCCCAAAUACAUUAGUAUCACUUGAUGCUAUCAGGCAAUAGUGGUUCAAAAGAUGAACAAAGAGAAAACCAUGAAUUGAACGUAUGUUCAUUAUUUUUUAUGAAUAAUAGUCCUUCACUAUUACAACAGGAGUGAACACAGUAAUAUAGUGGGGAUCAUAUUAUUUUUAAUAUUCUGCUUUUGUUUGAAGUAUGCUAUAUUUUACUUUCUGGCUUUUUUCAUUUUUACCUUUUGGUCUGAAUCUUCUUUCAUAACACAAAUACUAUGGAAAUGUACUUUACGUGAUUGAAUAUGUGUUAUUUAUAUCAGAAUGCUUCCCGUUUGGGGUUUGUGGGAGGUGAAGAAAGAAUCAAAGAAAUAUGGAACUCAAUUUUUCAAAAAAAAGUGUUAAAAAUGCCUUUACAUGUAACUGGGAAAAAACAAUUUUUUUAAAAUAUUCUGCAUUGGACUAUUAUGCUGCUACAAACCACAAAAGACAUUUCUGGAAACCUCUUGUUUGUUGUCUAGUAUCACUUAAAUUCAUAUCAUUAUCAUUUAGUUGAAUGACCUGAGUGUUGGUUUUUAUUAACUUAAUUUUAUUUUUUGGCAAUUAACUUAUCAAAAAGUUCAAACAGAAGUCCAGUUUAAGCACUCAUAGUUUGGUAAGUGGACAAAUAGCUGUUAUUUCUUUUUUCCUUUUCCUUUCCUUCUACAAGCAUUUAAGCAUAAACACCGACAAAAACCUUGUGCUUACUUGGAUCAUGUUUAGUCUUAGAGAUUCAUUAUAAGUCACCCUCUUUUGGUUAUGUCCCCAGUGAGGGUUUCACCAAAGAAUAUCAGCAUUUGCCUCCUUUCUUAUUCUCUAUGCAAAUAGUAAGAAGGAUAUCCAGUUUCUGCAUGAACAUUUAUGCUAACAAGUUACCAAUUUUAGUGUAGGCUUUUAAACCUAUAAAUGAAAGCAUUUAUACCUAAACUUUUAUACAGUCAGAACAACUCUCCUUACAUAUCCAAUUGGCCUCUAUUUCACACAAGAAUACCCUGUGGUUGAGGUACAAUCCAAACAGGAAAAAUUUGGGGCCAUUAUAAAGCCAACUCAAUCAAAGUCUGUUCCUCCUCACUCUGUCCUUCUGUCCAAGGCAUAUUCAAUGGGAUUCUUUUAUUAUAAAUCUUCAUCCUCACCCCCAAUCCACUUAAGUCCUUGCCUAUUUAAUAUGGGCUCUUGAAUAUUUGAAAGAAAAGUCAAUGAUAGAGUAUAAAAGGAUGCUGGUAGAAAGAGUAGAUGUUCUUCUAGCUGGAACAUUGUAAGAUGUUUGAUUCUUUUUUCACCAUAUCUAAUCAGUAACCAUUUUUUCUUUAAUAGUGUUUCUUGUAUUUGUUUAGUCCUGGAAUUUUAUUUGACCACUCUAGUGUAGACCUACAUUAUCUCAAUGCUGCAUUGCUGAAAUACUGGAGCACUUUCCUUGUAUUUGUGUCCCUCCCUUGAAUCUCUCUCUACCUGAGUACUUCUGGAUCUAUACCAGAUUAUUCUUCCUAAAAUGUUACUUGCAAAAUGCCAUUCUCCUACUGAAAUUUUUCAUUUUCUACAGGGUUAAAUAAAAGCUCUUGGUAUCUCAUGUA